GAAGAUCCGUAUAUUUGUGGAGAAUGUGGACAGACGUUUGAUAAGGAACGACUUUUGUUACGGCACGUCAAAACUCAUCUGCCUGAGGAUACACGAAAGUAUGGUUGUGCUAUCUGUGGUGAAAUUAGCACAGGACGCGAUAAGAUUGCUCAACAUCUAAUAGAUCACUGUACAGAGAUGUCCAGUAACGAUAAAGUCUGGAACUGUGAAUAUUGCGAAAAAUCUUUCUCGGAUGAAAAUUUCUUAGAUCGGCACGUUGACAUUCAUGAACUAAACGUGAAGCAAUAUGAAUGUGUGACUUGUAACCAGGUUUUCAAGUUGAAGAACGAGCUGAAAGUUCAUGAAAGGAUUCAUAAUGAAACCAGAAAGUAUUUAUGUGUUGUUUGUGGAGAGGAAUCAACUGGUAAAGAAGCAUAUUUAAGACAUAAGAAAACGCACAAAACUCCAAAAUCAUACGCUUGCGAGGAAUGUGGUGAUACUUUUAAUCUACGAAGUCUCCUUAACCAACACAUGAAGUCACAUGGACUCAAAACCUCGUUUGAUUGCGAACAAUGUAAUCGUUCUUUUUUCAGUGCCGGACAUUUAGCCAUCCAUAAGAAGGGACAUAAACAUGCCGGCACGAAAAAACAUCGUUGUCAAGAGUGUGGAUAUCAAGUGUACAGUGAGGCCAAGUUGAUGGAACAUUUAGAAACGCAUAUUAAUCAAGACCCGUUUAUGUGUCCGUUCUGUGGCCGACUUUUCAUGAAGAAAAGCACAUUUACAAAACACAAGAAGAAGCACAGUGGACAGAAUAUGUGUGAUGUGUGUGGAAAGGCCUUCAGUCAUAAAUCAGGACUCGAUCGCCAUUAUACAACCCAUUCUGGUGAAAAAUCAUUCAAGUGUAUGUAUUGCGAUAAAUCGUUUUCUCAACAAAGUAAUUUGUCCACACAUCUUAGACAGCAUUCGGGAGAAAAACCCUUUAUGUGUGAAAUCUGUGCUCAUUCGUUCACCAAUAAAUGUUCUCUGGUACGUCACAUGACCAAACAUACU